AUGAUUGAGGAAGACGACGAUGAUGAUGAGAUAGCUGUUGUAGAGCCACCUAAAACAAAACGAAAGACCGCAGCUCAAAAGACGGAGGAACUGGAAGAUGUGAAUGUCUCCGAAUAUUUCGCAGGCAGCAGGGGCAGAAGGUCUAGGACUAAGAAAGAGGAUUACAUAACAAUUGAUGAUGAUGACGAUGAUACUGAGAUCCUGGAGCUUUUAAGCCAAAAGGAAUCCAAACCAAAGUUACCUUCUCAGCCAGCAAAGCAGGAGGGAUCACGGCCUGAGACGAAAUCCCCCAGAAAAGCUUCCAAAAAGUCAUCGAGCCCAGCUCAACCAGCUGUGGAACAGAAAAACGCGGGCUUCACGCUAUCCGCCAACGAAAUUUUGGCACAAAUACCAGAUGCUAUUUUGCCCGAAGUCGACAGUACUCAAAAAGUCAAUUUCUAUGCCAAGAAGGCGCAAGCUCCUCAAUCUUCUGGUGAGCUACCUGAAAUCGCUGAAGCAGCAGACAAUUGUCUUGCAGGACUCACUUUCGUAUUCACAGGAAUCAUGCCAAAUCUUUCACGUGAGCAGGGUCAAGAUUUGGUUAAAAAAUAUGGUGGAAAGGUUACAACUGCGCCGUCCCGUAACACUUCAUGUGUUGUUUUGGGAGCCGAAGCAGGCCCUAAAAAGAUUCAAAAAAUCAUAGAUUUGAAAAUCAAAGCCAUCGAUGAGCAGGGAUUUUUGGAAUUACUGGCAAAAAUGCCAGCCAACGGCGGAUCAGGAGAAGCAGCUCAAAAGGCUAUGGAGAAAAAGAGACAAGAGAAGCUGAAAAUCGAGAAGGAAGUUGAACGAAUGAGUGCAGAAAUGGCACAAAAGGAUAGCUCUUCAGCACGAGCUGCGAAUAGAACAAACAGUGGCUUGGCUAACCACAAAGAAGCCAAGCCUCUUACUCAGCCACUUCAGGCUGAAUCGUCUAGUGUCAUGACUGAAGAUGAAAAGCUCUGGACCUCAAAAUAUGCCCCGAACAAUUUGAAUCAGAUCUGUGGAAACAAAGCGGCUAUUGAUAAGCUGGCGAAAUGGCUGCAGAACUGGAGAAGAAAUGCUCAAAACAACUUUAAAGGAAAUUUCAUGGAUCCCAACACUUUUAGAGCGGCAAUUCUUCAUGGCCCACCUGGAAUUGGCAAAACAACUACCGCGCAUUUGGUUGCUCAGCUGCAAGGUUUUGAUGUCAUUGAAAAUAAUGCCUCAGAUACCCGAUCGAAAUCUUUGUUACAAAAUCAAGUAAGCCGGACCCUUGGUAAUACUUCUCUACUGGGCACGUUUGCCAGACGAGGUGAAGUUACGAAUAAAUCUAAGAAGGAAGUUUGUCUCAUCAUGGAUGAAGUAGAUGGUAUGUCUGCAGGUGAUCGAGGUGGUGUUGGUGCUAUGGCCGCCCUCUGCAGAACAACUAAUAUUCCAAUCAUUCUUAUUUGCAAUGAGCGGUCAUUGCCUAAGAUGAGACCCUUUGACAAAGUCACUUACGACAUCGCAUUUCGAAGACCUGACGCCAGUGCAAUUGCUCCUCGAAUUCUUGCAAUUGCUGCCCGUGAAGGUUUGAAGUUAGACGAGGGUGUUGUUAGACAGCUGGUUGAAUCGACCAGAUCUGAUAUCCGACAAAUAAUCAAUCUUUUGUCGACAUACUCCACCACCAAUAAGAACAUGGACUAUGAUACAAGUAAGACCAUUUCCAAGCAAUGGGAGAAACGUGUUGUCUUGAAACCAUUUGAUAUUGUGGGAAAAUUCCUCAGUGCAGCCACAUUUGCACCCAGCAACAACAUAUCUCUAAAUGAUAAAAUUGAGUUGUACUUCAAUGACCAUGACUUUGCCCCACUGAUGGUUCAAGAGAACUACCUCAACUCUGUUCCGUCUAAGUCUCAAAGUACUCCUGGUGGAGCUCUGGCCCUUAUCGCUGAAGCAGCAGAGUCUAUCUCGGAUGGUGAUCUUGUUGACAGAAUGAUUCAUGGAUCGCAACAACAAUGGUCCCUGAUGCCACUACAUGGUGCCUUGUCUUGUGUGCGACCAAGCUAUUUUGCUGCAGGGCAAGCGACUGGACGGUUUAAUUUCGCUGGGUUUCUUGGUAACAACUCAAAGGCAGGGAAGUACAAUCGACUCCUUCAAGAACUUCAAUCUCACGCCAGACUAAAACUAUGGGGAGACAAAUUGGAAAUGAGAAUGCAAUAUUUACCGUUUUUGACCUAUAAAUUAAUUCAGCCGCUACAAGAAUCUGGAGCAGACGGUAUAGCUGAUGUCAUUGCUACUCUUGAUGAAUAUUAUCUCACAAAGGAAGACUGGGAUGUUAUUAUGGAACUUGGCGUGGGGCCCUUAAGCAGUGAACCAAAAGCAAAGGCUUUGCCAACAACAGUUAAAUCCGGUUUCACUAGGAAGUACAAUGCUAUGGAUCAUCCGAUGCCAUAUAUGAAGUCAGCUGGUAUGACUGCUGCUGAAGCUAGAGUUAUCCCCAAGCUAGAAAAGCCUGAUUUUGAGGAUGUGAUCGAAGAAGACAUCGAAGCUCCAGAAGAAGAUGAAAAGCCCCUUGAUGAUAGUGAGGAGUUAGCCAAGAAUAAGUAUAUUAACAUCCCUAAAUCUAAGGGUAAAGCAGCUAAAGGAAAGUCUAAGGCUUCUACAAAGGCACCAGCAAAAUCUCGCGCCAAAAAAUAG